AUGAACGAGCACAAGGUCUUCACAAAAUUACGGGCUAAUGAUAUACUCCUGGAGUUGCAACAGGUGGACAAGAAGAAGAGUGCUUCUUCCAAGAAGAAACUGGUGAUGAAGAAGGUGAUCGCAAACGUUACAAUGGGUAACCUGGAUAUGAUAAAUUUAUUUCCAGAAGUUGUGAAGCUUUUCGAGACAGAUGACGUUGAGAUGAAGAGAAUGUGCUACCACUACCUCCAUGCGUAUGCGCUGGCUAAACCUGACAUUGCCCUACAGGCCUUGCCGUUUAUUCUGGCCGAUCUUCGAUCCAACUAUUCGAUUGUGCUGGCAUUGGCAUUACGAAACAUAUCCUCAAUCCCAGUGAAGGAGUUUCUGAGAGAAGCGGUGAGACCGAUUAGAGCUGCUUUGAACAGUAAGGAUGCAUUCAUACGCAAAACCGCUCUGUUUGCCGUUGCGAGACUCUACGAGAAGGACCCAAACCUGGUGUUGAACGAAGGUCUCAUAGAUGACGUGCGUCACUUCAUCGAUGACGGUAAUAGCUCCGUGGUUGCAGCUGCCCUGCAAACAUUAUACGACAUUUCAGAGAAGGGAAAUGACUUCACAUUGAAAUUAUCAACAUCACAGGCUAUAAGCAUCGCUGACCACUUACCCAGAACAGACGAGUGGUCACAAGUAUUUAUACUGAACUCUCUUAUGUCAUUUGUACCUGAAACGCAUGAGGAUUCAAUGAUUCUGAUUGAUAAGGUGAUUGCGAUGCUUCAGCAUUCGAACUCCGCAGUGGUUAUGAAUGCACUGAAAGUGUUGAUCUACCUUAUAAACUUUGUCGAGAUUAUUGAGGAAUACCUAACAAAGAAGAUCGCAACAUCACUGACAUCGCUUCUCUCAAGACCUCCAGAGAUCCAGUUCCUUGCUUUGAGAAACGUUAUCCUUCUAACUUUGAGUAAACCCAAACUUAUUCCAUUCGAGGUUUCCCAUUUCUUUUGUGAAUAUAACGAUCCUAUAUAUGUCAAGGAUACCAAAUUGGAGAUUAUUUAUCUGUUGGCCAACGAAUCAAACCUGGAAGCUGUGCUCCAUGAGCUAGAGGAGUACGCAACUGACGUUGAUGUGCAAAUGUCAAGAAAGGCUAUCAGAGCAUUGGGAAACCUUGCCGUUAAGAUGGAAGUUGCUGCUAAGCCAUGUGUUGAUGUGAUGCUGGAAUUGUCAAGUAGUGGGAUUGAUUAUGUCGUUCAAGAGACAAUCAUAACGUUUAAAAACGUAUUGAGAAAAUAUGACACAUUUGACUCCCUCAUACAAGACAUUUUGCAGUAUUCUGAUAAAGUGGAGGAGCCUGAGGCAAGAUCUGCGUUGAUUUGGAUUGUAGGGCAAUAUUCAAAUGACAUUCAGAAUGCAAGCAAAGUAUUGGAGGAACUUGUUUCAACUUUUGUCGAAGACCCAUAUGAUGUCCAAUUAGCGUCGCUUACAGCAUGUGUCAAACUCUUCAUAAAACAACCAGAAAAGGGUGAAAAGUUGGUGAUUGACAUCUUGAGAUGUGCAACUGAAGAGGUUGACCAUCCAGACGUCAGAUAUCGUGGGUUCUUUUACUGGAGGUUAUUAUCGGCACAGGACAAGUAUCCAGGAACCGCAAAGGAGAUCGUUGAUGGUGAUAUCCCACACAUAUCUGGCGAGAAUGAGCAGUUAGACCCUGUUAUUCUAGAGGAACUUGAACUGAAUAUCGGUACAUUAUCAUCAAUUUAUCUAAAACCUGUCGGUCAAGUAUUUCGUCUCGCUAAACGCAGACUACUACCGAAGAGUCAGGCAAGAACCAUUGUCACUGCAGCAUCACCGAUAUCGCCUAGUUCAUCAUCCUUUGCAAGAGCUCGUGCAGGCAGUACAGCAGCAAGCUCGAAUAGUGACCACUCUACACCACCACCUCGUCAUAUUGAUGAUUAUGAUGUCCCAGCUGUCAAUGUGAAAUCCAUGAAGAAGCAAGGUCUUUCUCGUCGUUUGACUCUUUCCAAGCCCAAUCUUUCUAAAUCAAAUCUCUCAAGGAAGUUCUCUGUGAGAGGUUUUGGCAACUAA